AUCUCUUCUUUUCCUACCUAUCCCUCGUCUUGUCGUCUAGUCUUUUCUUUCCCUCCCUCCUUUCUUCCCACCAACCAACAGUCAACAAGUUGUGUCUCGUCCUCUCUGGCUUCAGCCUGCCGCUCUUUUUUAUAUAGUCACUCAUUAGCCCACGUCGCGAAGACCCCUUACACUCACUUUCCAACCUACCACUCACUCACUCACUACCUUCCCUCCAGUCGCUCUUUCCUGGACUUUCGUGUCAUUUUUCCACUAUCAACCUCUUAACUUCUAAUCGCUACCUCUCCCCUAUCAACAACCCGUUCAAAAUGCAGUUCAAGAUCUCCGCCGCUGGCUUCCUGGCCUUCGCUGCCUCCGUCCUGGCCCAGAACCCUAACUUCAACCCCAUCUUCAAGCCCACCAGCAACGAGCAGAUUAACGCCGGCACUACCUUCACUAUCGAGUGGGAUGCUCCCGAUGCCUUCAAGGAUGUAACCGUCUCCAUCAGCCUUAUUGGCGGCGCCACCCAGAACACCCAGAUUCCCCUCUUGGACAUUGCUUCUGGCAUCCCCAACUCGGCUGAGAAGUACAGCUGGACCAUCCCCUCCACCCUCGGCAAGGACGCCUUCUACGGCUUGGUUAUCAGGUCCGAGACCAACCCCACCGUCGACUUCCAGUUCUCCAACCCCUUCCACAUUGUCGCCGGCGAGGGCGCCAGCUCCGGCACCACCACUGUUAUCGCCUCCUCGGGCACUGCUACCGUUACCUUGUCUGCCAACACCGUCCCAGUCACCGUCAGCAGCUCCGCCUCGGCCUCCGCCUCGGCCUCUGCCUCUGCCUCUGCCUCGGAGAGCGUCAUCAUCAACUCUACUACCGCUCUCUCCACCACUGCUGUCCCUACCCAGAGCCAGUCUGCUCCUGCCACCACCGUCACCAGCGUCACCCGCCCCGCCACCAACGGCACCGCCACCCGCACUGCUUCCACCACCGUUGCUGUCGUUACUGGUGCCGCUGCUGCUGCCCAGGCCACUGCUGGUGUCUUCGCUGUCCUCGGUGGUCUUGCCGUUGCCGCCCUUCUUUAAGCAACUCUCAUUGCACCAUUUCUCGGAUUUUCUACAUCUGUUAAAUUGCAUUGGGCAUGGGUUUGGGUUUCAACGUGCAUAUUAGGUCAUGACUGGAUAAAAAGACGGGAGACUCAGCUUCCAGGCUUAUAAGCUCGGGACAUCUGUGUUAUGGCAAGCCUCGAGGGAAUGGCUCCCGCACAUGGCGUUUCUUUCCUGCGUUUCUGAUACCAAUAUCCCCGUGGACGGAGUGCGUCCACGAGGGAUGGGUUGAUACCUUUCUAGUUAAUAUGAGAGAAGGACGAUACAGUCUGUUAACAAAAGAGAACAUUUACCAACGUAGCUUCUUCCUUCCAGUCUGAUUGUGAUGUCAAUGACGCAUGUCGAUCAUCGCGUGGGGAUGGAUGGGAUGGCGAUCAGAUAACCUUGCAGCUGCUAUGCAGCUGCUACAGCUUGUCUGACAUGACCAUACGGGAUUCCCAAUCUUAACCAAAGAGCGUAGGUGAGCAACUUGGGAACUGCAAUGCACAAUUUGCGCAGCCACAAAUGAGAGCAAUCCUGCAGGUUGGCAAUGAAUGUCCUCAAACAACAAACCAAAAACUGGGGGGGGAAACAAAGCCCUUCAAGGUGAGCGUGUGUCACCUAGUUUUCGUUGUCUUCAACACCAUCCCUACUGCAGACGUUGUCAUUUCUUUUUCGGCAUUUUAUCCAUAAUUGCAAGGGUUCCUCCAGUCGCAACUAUGUUUAAAGCACUGCUAACGAUUACUAUGAACCAACAAUUGCUUGACAUAACUCCAGCCCGGUUGGACUGAAGCCAGAUGCCCAGCCUGCAAGAUUGUUACAGUUGCAAAACCUGACACGAACUAAACACCAUGACUCGGUUGGUAGAUUGCAACCCCGGUUUUUCUAGGGACGACCGGAAACUCUGUGAUGUGUAAACUCCGGCGAUCCGGGAUCGGCAUUCUUUGAAACUGGAACAAGUUGUCUUUUUCUCUCACAUCUCUUCACAAACUACAUGGACUGCCUCUGUUUCGGAUCGUUUCUCCAUUUCCCAGAUACAGCAGCGUCUCUGCCUCGUCCAACCGGCAACUCCGGAAGUACUCGAGCUUGAUCUAAUCGGAUUGCUCGACCUGGGACGUGAACGCUUCGUUCGGUAAAGGAUGGGGGUUUCCCCGGUUAUUAAAUGACUACCGAAGAACUGGACACGAUGCGACUCAACUCCAUUCAAUAUAUUAUACUUUCGGCUUCCUCAUCUCGGGAGACGUUGUGGGAGCAUGCGCCUUCCUCCCGGCGCGGCAAAACCAGCCCAUAAGAGGUCUCAUCGUUGCCAU